AUGGUUGAUUAUCUGCAGAUUAAGGAUAUAGCAUUAAAAUUCUCAGGUGCUUAUAAGCAAUGCAAGCCCUGUACGAGCCCCAGCGCCUACAAGAAAGGACAGCGACCUUAUCCUGACUUCGAUACUAUUUCAGAAGGGGUUCCUUACCCUUACUUUCAGCCAGGAAGCUCCGGUUCUACUCCUGCUUGGAAUUUUUCAAGCACUGGCAACCACCCAACUGAUUCAAGGUUUACAGGAGCAUUUGGGGGUGAUUGGACCCCUGGUGGAAAACAAUCUAUCUCAGCUCAGUCUGGUGAACUGGUGGUAGAAGAUGAGGAUGAACCCAAAGAAUGGAUGGCGCAAGUGGAACCUGGCGUGCAAGUCACUUUUGUAUCUCUUCCUCAUGGUGGAAAUGAUCUAAAACGAAUUCGCUUCAGCCGAGAGAUGUUUGACAAAUGGCAAGCUCAGAGAUGGUGGGGGGAGAAUUUUGAUCGAAUCAUGGAGCUUUACAAUGUUCAGAGAUUCAACCGGCAAGCUUUUCAUACUCCUCCAAUGUCUGAAGAUGGAAGAGAUUCAUCUUACUCGAGGCUUGGUUCUGCCAUGGAAAGCCCUAUGAUGACCCCAUCGAUACCCAAAGAGUGGGCUCCCAGAAACUAUUAUAAACCUUCUGGUGGUAAAGGUCAUUUCCCACCUGAUUAUCUAGAUCAAGGUGGCAGCCAAAACUACAAUGGUGGGUCAAGUGCUUAUGCCACUGGCGGGGCAUCAUCUAUGGAUGCAUCACGGACGACAACCUCCUCUAGAGACGAAGCUUCAAUUUCCAUUAGCAAUGCCAGUGACAUGGAGUCAGAAUGGGUGGAGCAAGAUGAGCCUGGGGUGUACAUCACCAUCAGACAGUUAGCUGAUGGCACUAGGGAGCUCCGGCGAGUCAGAUUCAGGUAA